AUGGAUGAUGUUCGCGUAAGUCAAUUUGGUGUGACGCAUUUUGUCACUCAUAAAACCACGCACCAACAGUUCGCUUGCAAGUCAAUCGCGAUGCAGAAGCUAAUUAACAAGGAUGACAUCGACGUUGUCUUUUGUCAAUUCUACAAGCCACCAUGGCUUGCCGAGGAAGAUGAAACGCUACUCACUAAUUGCAGGGUGCAUCACUUGAAACAUUAUUUCCAGAUUAGUUCCCAAACACGCAAUUCAAGAUCGCUAGCGAUUGAAACAAUUUUCCAAUUGAAGAUUGCUCCACCAGAUGCAUUCAUAAAAAAUGCUACUUAUAUCAAAACCACUUACCAUAGUAACAAGUGUGACAUAGCUACCAUUGAUGAUGGGAGAUUAAUGGCUGAUGUUGAAGCUGGAGAAUUCUGGGGUUUCUUUGGUGGAUUUGCUCCACUUCCAAAGAAAACAACUACAAAUGAUGCUCAAAGUACUCAUGCUUAUCCAACUCAGCUACUUUGUACUACUCUUGAAGAAAGAAAAGCUGCAAAUGGAGCUGCAGAAGAACAUUUACGUGUUCAUGAAAGACCAAAAUCCAAUAUCAUUCGAAUGAUUGAGAAUUUUGAGACAGUUUCUUUCAGAUCAAAAUUUGAUUCAUGGCCUCCACUGAGUGAUGUGGUUGCAUCUGAACAUGGUAGAGGGAAGGUUAACACAAUGUUCCAUUUGGAUCAACCUAUGUAUCUUCUUGGGUAUCUUGCUAACCAGAGCAGGGUUUAUCUCAUUGACAAAGAAUUCAAUCUCAUUGGUUACAUUUUGCUUUUCACGUUAAUCGAGUACAAGACACUUGUGAUGCGUGGAGACAUAGAACGAGCUAAUGGAGUUUUACCCUUAAUCCCAAAGGAGCAUUAUAAUAGUGUUGCUCAUUUUCUGGAGUCCCGGGGCAAGGCUGAAGAGGCCUUGGAAGUUGCUACAGACCCUGAUUAUAGAUUUGAAUUGGCUAUUCAGCUUGGUAAACUUGACAUUGCCAAGGAAGAAUUUCUACUAGCUUUGUUCAAGAACAAAAGGAAAAAGAAUCUGUUUGCAAAUAGGAUUUUUCUUCUUUUUGACGUUAAGCAUAAGGGAGUUGUCUUCAUUAUCUUGGAUGAGGCGGAUAUUGGUGUUGUUAUGGGCAUCCAAGGAACUGAAGUUGCAAAAGAAAGCAGUGACAUCAUUAUCUUGGAUGAUGAUUUUGCUUCAGUCGUAAAGGUUUCAAAUGCUGAGGUGGAAUCUGGUGAAGGGAUGUAUUUUCCAGCUCUUAAUGUUGGUCUAGAUAAACCUUCAACACUGACUAAGCUUAGAGUAAUGGUUGCAAGAGAUGAGUUCAGAAGAAGAAGAAGAAGAAACAAGGCUGCAACUAUAGUUCAGGUUGAUCUUGAAUAA